GACCAUAAUUAACUGAUUAAUACUUAACGUGGCUGUAAAAAUCAAUGGACAACUUUCCUUAGAUCUGGGUAAUCCGUUGGCUAUAAUUUAUUUUUCUGAAAGUAAAUUAUGUAAGCAUUUUGGCAGUAGCAUAACUAUCUGAUGUUAAACAUCAACGGAAAAACCGAAAAAGCGCGAAUUUCCAAAGCACUCCUCUUUUCAAAAGUGUAAGGCUUCAUGGUAUUUUUAGCUUCAUUAAAUGACCGAUUUGUUGCUAAUUUUAUGGGGUGCCGAAAAAGCUGAUGACGUAAUUUAGAGAUAGAGGAAACUAUUUUUCCCGAUAGAUAAAUCCUCUCCUUGUUCUCAGUGAUAUUGGUUCUGCAAGCUAACAUUUCCACAAAAUAGGUAAUUCAGUGCAAUUUGCGAGGUAAUCUUUAGAUCUGACACUUUCGCAAAGGCAACGUGUCACACCGUUGUUCUUUCUUUAAAAAAAAUAACACUUGAGGUUUUAUCGCUUAUGAAAAGUUCACUGCACAUUAAUCCUCACUUCAGAUUUCAAACCUCCUUCUCCAAACAAUUGAUACCAGUUGCUCCUAUUGCUCGAAUAACUAUGAUGGUUUUAUAACCAUUACGCGUUAACGGAUUUGAUCUGUAACUGACUGCUCGGUUCAAAAAGUGAAAUAAAUAAAAAUAAAUUGAGUAACAUCGUGUGUUAAUUUCCAAAGUUUCAAUUUUUUAUGCGGUUUCAUUCGUGGUACCACAUAGUACAUUUUCAAUGAAACCAGUCACAAAAUAUAAUAUGAAUUUAGACCAUGAAAUAUUGUUGCACGUUCACGUCUUUCUAUCGAUCUUGAUUCCGGUUUCCGGGUUUUUCGAUGAUUACGGCCGCGGUGGCCACAAUGUACCAGUAACUACAUCCGGACUGACAAACGACGAUGCUCUGUUCUUAACACCUUACAUCGAAAAAGGCCAAAUCGACCGAGGACAAAACCUGGCCAAGGUACCACCGAUGCUCAAAAACGUCGAAAGCUUCGCCGGUUAUUUGACCGUUAACAAAUCCACAGACUCAAACCUUUUUUUCUGGCUGUUUAAGAGCCAAAAAGGUGACUGGAGGAAACAACCGCUGAUUGUUUGGCUUCAAGGCGGCCCUGGUUCUAGCUCAAUGUUCGGGCUCUUCUCCGAAAUCGGACCAUUCUCUGUGACCAAAAAACAAAAACUGAAACGGAGGAAGUACUCCUGGAACCGGAAAUACAAUGUGGUGUUCAUCGAUAACCCUGUCGGAACUGGGUUUAGCUUCACGAAACAAGACUCAGGAUACACAACUGACGAAACAGACGUAGCUAGAGACCUCUAUGAGGCGUUAGUCCAGCUCUUGAAACUCUUUCCGUCUCUGCAGGGCAACAAAGUUAUCGUCGUAGGUGAAUCAUACGCUGGGAAAUAUGUUCCAGCGAUCGGAUAUAAGAUCUAUCGACAAAACCAAGCGUCGACUUUUAAAAUUAAUUUGUGUGGGCUUAUGCUUGGAAAUGCUUGGGUGGACCCGGCUCAUAUGUUGGACUUUUCUUCGUACUUGUACAAGCUAGGAUUGAUAGACGAAGCAGCUAAGCGUUCCUUUCGAGAAAAACAAGACGAGAUGAGAGCACACAUCAGAGCGAAAGAAUAUCUGCUUGCCCAAAAAUUAAGCACUGAUUUAAUAAGCGAAUUCUUGCGUUUGUCCGGGUUUAAAUAUUUGUACGAUUUUUUUCACGACGAUAUAGGACUUCAUGGUCCUGAGAUGAUCUUUGUUGACGGUCAUGAGACUCGAAGAGCGAUACAUGUUGGAAACUAUACCUUCAAUGACGGAGAGGAGACCCUUCGACACCUCAGGGGUGAUAUUAUGCGAUCGGUCAUGCCUUGGGUGGAGGAACUUCUGGAGGCACAGGAGUUUCCGAUCAUGUUCUUCAGUGGUCAACUAGACAUCCUUGUAGCUUAUCCAAUGAGUGUAGCUUUCUAUGACGCGCUACGAUGGCCGCGUGCCAGUGAGUACCACAGAGCGAAAAGAUGUCAGUUUAAGGUCGGAAAUGAUGUAGCAGGCUAUUAUAAAUCGGCGGGAACAUUUAUAGAGGUGUUAGUACGGAAUACUGGCCACAUGGCGCCCAUCUCACAACCCAGGUGGACUUUUGAACUUUUAGACAGGUUCGUCACAAACAGUUCCAUGUUUUGGUGUUAAAAUAUGAACUGUCUAGAUUUGACGAUAUGAUAGUGCUAAAAUACCUACAAUACAGAUUCUCAACACUUUUGAGGGGUCUCACUCUUCACUCAAUCAGUCAGUGUGGUUCUACGGAGCCAAACAAAUAACGAAUUUGAAGCCAAAAUGUGCAUGAUUUCGAAAUCUUUUCCAUUUUUGAUAGUGAGAAACAAUAAAUGAUUGGAUCAUAAUUAGAUUUUAAAAUGGUCCAUCAAAUGGCUUAUUCAAACCGUAUACCCAGUAUGACGAUUUUAAAAGUUGGCAGCACUAUUUUCCUCCAUUUAAAUUCGUUGAAAAUGGCGUUUUCGGUGACCGAGGCUGCCGCACCAAGAAUCGAUUGUCCUACAUAGAUUUGAAUAUAGGAAAAACUACGUCACCAAGUUUCAAGAAUCACCACUGUAUAUACUACCGCGUAAAACUUGUCCGAUUGUCCUAUACGUCUGAGAAGAUAUAAGCUGAUGUUCUUCCCAUUUGUUGGAUGGUCCUAUUCCUGUCAAUUUUUUGCUGCAGAAUUUAAUAAUUUCCUACUCAAUUUUGUACUAAUUGUUCUCAAAAGUGGAUUUUCUCCGAAAACUCUAUUUUUGAGUAAAAUCUCUAUUUUCCGGAAGACCCUGUCAAUUGGGAAAAAAUCAAAAUAUUUUCGGACUCAGCACUUGACUCGUGCAUAUCGCGUGCCCAGUUUAGUUCAAAAAGUCCCCCUUGUGUUGUCAGUAUUUUAGCAAAAUAGUUUACACGUCUCCUGCGGUCCUCCAAAUUUUAUUUAGGUUAACACUAGAUGAAUUGGACUACAUUUUACAAUUCGGAACUACAAUUUCUGGCUCAUUUGAAUCAACAGUUAUGAGAAUGGGGUAACCAAUGAUACACACGUUGUUUCUAAUCGAAGCCAAAAGUUGUAGUUCCUGAUUUAAAAAUGUAGUGUUUAUGUGUCAUUUGUUCCCCUGUGCAGAUAAAAGUUUUUAUGUAUGAGCCAGAAGUUGUAAUUUUUUUAUUGAAAAAUCAAGUUUAUUUGAGGGUCCAUAAAGUUACGAGGUACGUCUCUGAGAAUUCAAAACUUCUUAACUUUUUUUUCAGAACCAAAAAAUCCUACGCAAAAAUAUGACAGCAACUAACCGCAGUAGGACGAUAUUCUACUGAAUUUAACCACUCGAUAAUUAUCUCAACCUAAGUUUGAGAAUCACGUGCACUGUGAAGAGCAAUGACGAGGCGUGAAUGAUCGAUCAUCGAAAUUUUCCCAUUUGAAGCUGCGGUGAAGAAUCCAUUAUUGAAGUGUUCGUUAUCAACACCUUGAUCAUCGAUCCUAUUCCAUAGCUUUGAAUGGUAGAUACAUCGAUGUAUCGUAAAGCAUGCCACGCCACUGAUAAAGAGCCCUCACUCGUUAAACCUGAUAUUGAAUCUUACAUCAGACAUUUCAUCCCCUUCCUUGGACUUGUCAUGUUUUUGUGAAUACAUCCUAGGUGUUGUAUCGGUAUCUGGUAUGGCUGUUUUUCUGCCUCUGAUAUUGACGAUUUAAUGCAGAACCAACCUAACUGCAUUUCACGUUGUCUAUAAUUUACUCUUCAAUUUUACUUUUCCAACAGAUAACUAAGCCAUUUAAGUCCUUUAAUUUUUCUGCAAAUUCACCGAGGAUAAUGAAGAAUUUACUGAAUAAAUGUCGAUUUUUAGUGUUGUGUAGAUUUGCACGAAGCAAACUAAAGAGUAGAGAAUAUUAGGCAAGGUCUAAUGCAGUUAGACAGACACCAAUUACAUUGGUUCAUACAAAUGAUACUAGCAAUUGAGUAAUCUCAAUUGCUAGCGAUGGCCGAAGUGCGGAACCACGUAUGUCAAUUUGCGACAUUACACACUUCCAGUCAUACUUUAGUUUUUCAUUGAAAAUCCACUCAACUUAAUUUCUUGCAACUUCCUUGAUUUUUAUUCGCUGUUAGCAAAAUAUUCCGUGGAAAUUUUAAGCUUUACUCUUGACUUGUUUCUCUUCAAAAAAAUAGGAUAGGAGCAGAGAUUUUGAGCAUCGCAAUGGGGAUACGUGGCUCGCACUAGUCAUCGAUAGGCAUUGUGAUGGAACGAUGUACGUUACCUCGCAGGCAGUGUCGCAAAUGGGUAUUUGUCAUUACUGUUUUUUUUUUUUUAAAUUUGUGCAUGCGCAAUCGUCCAACAGUAGCAGAAAUUGAUCCAAAUAAAAAAGCAAAUUUCAGACGUUUCUCACCUUUGAUGAUUCCAUAUAAAAUUGUUGGUCAUAGACCCCAUUCCUGUGCGAAAUGUUGAGACUUUAACUCUUAACUUACGAAAACUACCACGCUUAGGUACACACAUGUGGAUCCAGGAGCGCUUUGCACUUAGGUGUUCAUAAUCAAUCCACUAUUUAAAUGUAUCUUUGUGCCACAUGCAAUUGAUAACCAAUGGAAAAAUUAUAAAUUGUAACAGAAGAAGAAAUAUAGUUUUAAUAAAUUUUGAAAUUUUCAGGUAA